AUGAAUGCAAUACUCGAUAAUAAUACUGAAAAUCAGUUUAAUGCCAAAGAACUGAACGAACAGAUCAUCGACUUAGAGGGUAUUGUAAUCAAUGGUCUGCAGGACUAUACCAAUAAUGAGAUACCGUUUCACAACUCGAGGUGUAUGUGUAAUGAGAGUAUAAAUCACACCGACAUUAGCACUGAUUUGAAUGAGGUCUCGGACGAGACCUACCAAAAGGCAAUAGAGUUUCAGUUUUCAGUCAUACCUAUCGCCAGACCUAUAGCUGAAUAUAAGUGUAAUUUUAAUGAUAAGGAAAUGUAUUUAUUGUAUGAAUUGUGUGAUGCGGUCAAAGAUUUGGGAGUACAACACGGAUCUAUAGUAACAUCUGAAUUGAUAACCAGUGCACACUUUCAACAAACAGUAUCCAUUAGGUGGGAUAACAUCAUCAAGACUGUUACCAGGGCAAUCAGAAAAUUGGCCCCAUUCCGGGCUAUGUGUGAAUCCGACCAGAUCUUGCUACUAAAGUCCGGGUGCCUUGAGAUUGCAUACCUGUGUUCAAUACUUAGGUAUAACUUCGCCGAUAACAGUGUCAUAUUUUCAGACAUGACCUCUAUCGUACUAUUUAAUCCGGAUAAUUCUGAUCUCCAGAAUCGCGAUUCUAUUAAACUCCAACAACACAUUUACAUGUAUUUACUUCAACGCUAUUUACUACUGAAAUACCCGUCAGAAUGUGAGGCAAAGUCAAGAUUCUUGCGAAUAGUAGGUGAUGGGUCCCCCUAA